GUAUCAAUUCCUAUUGCAUUAGUCAGCACAAUUUGCUUCUUCCAGUUUUAGAAAGCUUUCAUACAUAUAACUAUGGCUUCGUUUUUAACAUGGUUCGGGAGAUUCGCUUUCUUCGGUCUGAUAAAUACACAGUGCUUUAUUCUAUCUGCUUAUCUCGCGAAGUAUGAAGACAGUUCCAAGUGGUAUCUCACAGCCAUUUCCUUUGGCCCAGCAAUUUUUGUCUGGAUUCUUCUUCUACUUUUCAAAGCGCUGUACCUUAGCUGUCUCUUUCGAAUUUGGGGUCUGUAUAUUGUGGCUUUGGUUGUAAACAUCGCAAUGGUAUUUGGAAAAGUCGGAGAUAGAAUUGACAAGAACGAGCUUUUAGGACCAAAUGCACUGAAGGUGUUUCUGUGCAUUACACCACUUCUGCUACUACUGUUGCUAAACACAGGCGAUCUCGAUGAUUCAGACGAAAAUGAGGAAGAAAGAGAGAUUGUUUCUAAGUUGUGUUUUCCCAUGGCCGUCGAUCUGUUCGAUGGAAUCGAGAUGAUAGAUAUCGUGUUAGAAGAAAGAGAGCACGACUUUGGAAUACCCAAAGCAUUCAGUACAGCAAUGAUCGUGUUGGCUUGCCUCAGCAUGUUGGUAUCUCCCUGGCAAAUGGCAGAAAACAAACUCACUAAAGAUGGGCCAAAAAUUCGCUUCCGUACCGCAUUAUACCGCAGUAUUGUUCAAAUAGUUUUCGUUAAUCUACCAUUCUUGGUUAUUCGUGCGGUGGUGUUCUUUAUGUUUGGCAAAGACGAGUCCAUCUUCAUUGCCAAGAAUGGCAUAGCAAUAGUACUUUCCAUUUUGGAAAUUCGUAAUCUUCUCCGUUUACGUCGGGUUGAACAAGAAGACCAAGCAGUUUAGAAAAGGUAUAUUUUUGUAGCUCCUCGAUUUCAUCUUAAGAUCUCAAAAUCCACUUUUAUUUUGUAUUACAUUUUGCAAGAGACAUUCCCAGUUUAAGUGGUCUCCUGUAACCUGAUAGAAGUAGACUAUUUUUUGUUUCCUCUAUAGUUUUAUGUUUUCGGUUCUGCAAACUGUACAUAAAGCUUACAAUUACUUUUUUCAUGUGUCUGAAAUAUGUCUUACAGAGAUCGGUUUAUUGUGUUGUAUCUAGUCGUAUACAUGUGAUAGAAAGAAUUUUGAAUUCUAGGGCGUGUGAAUUGCGCAGACCUGGAAGCUAAUUUUUGUAUCAGGUGUACCUAGAUGACUUUGCCUCAAUUAUUUUUCUCCUCGUGAAUAAUGGAACUAUAUUCUACAUGUAUCAGCCACGAAUAGGACAGUGAAUUAUAAACUUGUGAAUAAAUUUACAUUUAUUCCAAGAAGUCCUGUGAGGUUAAACCUUCUAAGGAGAACUUGAAGUCUUGUAUCAGUUGAUGGACAAUAUCAUUAUUCUAUAUCAAAAGAAAACAUGUAAAACUAUAAUAUUAAUAGUAAAGCAAGCUUAUAACGGCAGAAAUCACCAGAAACUACAACGGACACACAGGAUGUGAGUAAGUUUUAAUGAUUUUACGCGUAAAAUGUUUUCUAUUUCGAAAUAUUUAUCGUUGUAAAUCGACCAUAUUUCGUUCCUCGUACAACUCCUUA